CACUCAAAAGCUGAAAGAGGAUGCUUAGAGUGUCUUCUGCGCUGCUUCAGGUGUUGGCCUACUCCUGUGUGUACAGCUACUACAGCCAGGACACCGAGAGGGUGGACAUCAUGGAAGAGCAGAUUGAGAGCUUGGAGCUGCACACCAAUACUCUGCAGAUCCUACUGGAGGAAACACUGCUGCAGAGUCAGGAUCUGGCCUCCUCUCUGCAGCUCCUGAAAGCAGAGCAUCUGAGCACUGGCUUGGAAUUAUUGCACCGCAUCCAAGAGCGUCUCUUUGCGAUUCUCUGGCACUCCACACAGGCGAAGAUCACAUUCAUGUUGGUAGCUUGUUUUGUCCAGCUGGAGGCCGACGUGCGCAGCCUGGUGCGGCGAGCGGCGCGGCAGAUGGGCGGCAGCGGCGCUCCCGGCGCCGCCGUCCUCGACACCGCCGUCCUCGACACCAUCCACGUGCUGAGCGCGUACGCGGGCAUCAGCGCGCUGGCGCGCGUCUUCAGGGAGACGGGAGCCCUGGAGCUGCUCCUGGGGAUGCUGUGCCACGAGGAGCCGCGGAUCCGGCGCGGCGCCGGGCGGAUGCUGAGGGCUCUGGCUUCACACGAUGCAGGGAGCCGGGCCUAUGUCCUGCUGUCCCUGAGCCAGCAGGACAGCAUCGAGCAGCAUAUGGAUUUUGACAGCCGCUACACCUUGCUGGAGCUGUUUGCUGAGACGAUGUCCUCUGAAGAGCACUGCAUGUCCUUUGAGGGGAUUCACCUCCCGCAGGUCCCCGGGAAGCUGCUGUUCACCCUGGUGAAGCGCUACCUGUGCGUCACGUCUCUGGUGGAUGAGCUCGGCGGUGGUGCGGAGCAGGGAGGGCAGCGUCAGGAUGGCGCCGAGCRCGGCUCACUCUGUGGGGAGAGGAGCCGCGUGGAGCAGGAGUUUGAGUUCAGCAUGGCCAUGGCCAACCUCAUCUGGGAGCUGGUGCACGUCAUGGGCUGGGAGCAGCGGCAGCAGCUGGAGCUGCCGUCCUUGCAGGGGACACGGCCACGUGCUGCCCGCUCCAUCUUCCAGCCCAAGGCUCCGGCCUGCCCUGGGGCUCCUAUGUCUGUGCUUGCUCCAAAUCCUGGUCCCUGGAAGAAACAGGGCUUUGCUUUCCUGACGCCCUCAAAUUCCUCCUGCCACAACAGCAAUGCAGAGCACAUGCAGACGAACCUGAUGUGUGGCGUGCGGGUCCGUAUGCUAGAGGACUGUGGUAAUGUGAGAGCUGGGGAUGAAGGCGUGUGUUGCCAGAACACUAAUGGCACGGAUGCAGUGCAGGUUUUAUGGCAGUCAACAGGUCGGACCUACUGGGUGCCUUGGCACAUGUUGGAGAUUAUUGACCUUGGAGAUCAGCGGGAAGAGCCUGCUGAUCAGGAGAAAGUAUAUAGCAUGGGAGAGGGCUUUAAUCCAGACACAGUGACGAGGCCGCUCGUCUCCAAGGCCUCUGGGGGGCUCUACUCCCUGCCCUCCAUCCGGGAGCACUCCGGCUGUCGUGGGCAGGGGCUCCCGGGGAGUCUGCAGGGCAUUAACGUGGCUCCGUGCGCCCAGGUGCCGGCGCUGGGUGAAGAAGGCCUGAUGCAGCUGUCGGUGCCCGUGGCGCUGGCACAGAAGGUGCUGCGGGCGCUGGAGCAGCGGUGCCAGGACAGCGCCCUGAGCCCCCUCCGCGCCUCCCGUGUCUAUGCCAAGUACCUGUUGAACUGUGGGRCUGAGCGGGCCGGCGACAAGAGCCCCACAGGGCCCUCGCAGAGCAGCGGGGACAGCAGCCCCGAGGCUGUGGGGAUAGUGGAAGRAGAGGGCCCCRCAGCAGCGCUGCUGCCCCGAGCCCCUGCGGUGUCAGCGGCCAAGUCGGAUGCGCUGCUGUUCAGCGAGCUCUGCYGCAGGGAAGGGCUGCUCUUUCCUGAGGUGACGGAGGAGCAAAGCAAACUGCUGGGCAGCUGCAAGGGGGGCAGCAAGAGGGGCUCUCUGGCGAAGCUCGUGGAGGUGGCAGAGACGAUGCAGAGAAGUGGCUGCGAGGAGGGCCUGCGUUUGGCUGGGCUUCAGCACAUGCUGCAGCUGCUGGAGGAGGAGGCCGGGCUGGAGCGGCAUGUCAGCAAAGGGCCGGGCGGGCCAGGAGCCCGGGAGAAGGUGCUGCAGGUGCUCGUGGAGCUGCUGAGCACGGAGGCGAUGGAGACGGCUGAGGCGGCGCUGACGCUGYGGCUGCUCGCCGCGCUCAUGGCCAAGUGCGACUGGCGCGUGCCCUUCGCCACGGCAGGCGGGGUGCGGGCCGUGCUGGGCUGCAUGCAGCAGCGCRCGGCCUCCGCCGCAGUGCAGCAGGCCGGGCUGGCGGCCCUGCGGGUGCUGGUGGGAGCAGGCAGCGGGGAGCCGGGAGACGUUGCUGGGAAGCCGUGGGCCCUGAGCAGCGCCGACGCGCAGGUGAUGCGGGAGAUCUUCGCCAGCAUYGGCUCUGCCUCCGGCGUGGGCCCGGCGAGCCUGCUGGGCACCAUCGCCGCCGCCACGAGUGCCAUGCGGAGCCUCGCAGGGGGCUCGUCGGGCGUGUGCAACGGCUUGCUGGUGCUGAACGUGCUGCUCGAGGGCCACCGGGGCCUGGCAGAGCAGCUGGCGAGCUGCGGUCUUGGCCCGCUGCUGCGGAGCUGCUGGCUCGAGRCGCCGAGCCYGGGCUGCCCCAGCAGGACGCUGGCYCUGAGCGCCAUCAACCGCCUGGCGGAGCACGAGGUGCCCCUGGGCUCGGGGCUGGCAGGUGCUGAGUCUGUGCUGGAGCUGGGAGACGUGGACGUGCGGACACUGGUGGGCAGCCUGGGGCAGGGCGAUCUCUGCAGGGAGGCUCUGGUGGCCCUGGAGAGGCAGCUCUGCCGCCAGGGCCGYGUCCCCAYGGGCCAGAUGGCCGCGCUGCUGCAGGACCGCGAGUGCUUCGCGCUGCUGCUGCGCAGUCUCCGGCUGCUGGCCGCAGAGAGGGCCGCGAGCCUCAGCGUGCUCAGGAUCCUGAACAAGUUUCUGGAYGGGUACCAGGAGGACGUGCUGCCGUGGCAUGAGUGCGUUGAGCCCUGUCUGUCCUCCCUGAGUGCCCACAGCAACGAGCAGGAGGUGGCCCAGGAGGUCGUUGGCUUCCUGCACCGCCUGGCCAGYGCCAGCAAGGACUGUGCGGUGGCCAUGUGCUGUGCGGGCGCUGUCGAGGCUCUGGGCAAAGCCCUGGAUAAGYAUGGCGCGGCUCUGCCCGUGGCACCAGCCCUGCGCGAGCUGCUGAACAGCUACGAGAAGCACGCGAGCCUCUACCGGAGGCUGACGAGUAGCGUCUUGGCCGGCUGCAUCCAGCUGGUCCUGGGGCAGAUUGAGGAGCAUCGCCGGAGCCUCCAGCCCAUCAGCAUCCCCUUUUUGGAUGUCUUUCUGUGCAACCUGUGCCGAGGCUCCAGCGUGGAGGUGAAGGAGGACAAGUGCUGGGAGAAGGUGCAGGUCUCUUCCAAUCCGCACCGUGCCAGCAAGCUCACGGACGGCAACCCGAAGAGCUACUGGGAGUCCAGUGGCAGCACUGGCUCCCACUCCAUCACUGUGCACAUGCAGUGCGGCGUGGUGAUCAGGGAGAUGAGCAUGCUGGUGGCCAGYGAGGACUCCAGCUACAUGCCCGCCCGUGUGGUGGUGCUGGGGGGAGAGAGCCCCGCGACCAUCACCACUGUGCUCAACGCGGUGACCAUCUUGCCCUCGGACAGCAGAGUGACGCUGCUGCAGAGCAUGAGCCGCUUCUGGCCCGUCAUCCAGAUCCGGGUGAAGCGGUGCCAGCAGGGUGGCAUCGACACGCGUGUGCGAGGCAUCGAGGUGCUGGGUCCCAGGCCCACGUUCUGGCCUGUCUUCAAGGAGCAGCUGUGCYGGCGRACGUCCCUCUUCUGCAGCGUGCRGGCUCAUGCGUGGUGCCAGGAGAUCUGCCAGGACCGGGGGCGCCUGCUGCAGCUCUUUGGCAGGCUGACCCGAGCCCUGCGGCACGAGCAGGCCUUCGCCGAGCGCUUCCUUCCCGACGAGGAGGCGGCCCAGGCCUUGGGCAGGACCUACUGGGAGGCCUUGGUGACUCCCUUGGUGCAGAGCAUCACUAGCCCAGACGCCAGUGGCAUCAGCCCCCUGGCCUGGCUGCUGAGCAAGUACGUGGAGAGCGGGGAGGUGCCGCGCGGGGCCUCGAGCCGCAGCGCUGUCUUCAGCUCCCAGGUGCGGUGCCUGAGCCAGCUGCUGGCGCACGUGGAGCCCAGCGGUGCAGGRCUGGAGGAGGCCCGAGCUGCGGGUAGUGAUGGUGGGAAGGAGGAGGAGAACCAGCAGGUGUCAGCUGGGGCAGCAGCGGCAGURAUGGAGAAGCUGAGCAGCCGGUGGGGCAUCUCCCGGUGCUGGCGUGAGGUGGUGCAGCAGCAGGUGCAGCGGUUCCUUGACGUGGCGUGGCGGGCACCGGACGUCGUGGAGAGAUACUGCGGGCUGUACUGGCGCCUGCACAGGGCCACAGCAGAGCUCUUCGGGCAGCAGGCUGCCUUUGCGCUGGCCCUGGCGCAGGGCUUUGCGGGUGCCUUGCUGCACCUUUCCUUCCCRGCUGCCCUGCACGUGAGYGAGCGCUUUGCCCGCUAUCUGGACGGGCAGGUGCGGGAGCUGCGCGGGAUCACGGGCAGCACGGGGUCGUUGCAGCGGCUCCUGGAGCCCUUUGUCAUCCUCUGUGGCCUGGAGCUCAGCCAUUCCUUUGAGCACUUCUACCGGUACUACCUGGGGGACCGUCUGCUGGCGCAGGGGCCCUCGUGGCUGGAAGGGGCCGUUGUGGAGCAGCUUGGGUUGUGCUUCCCCAGCCGCUUCCCCCAGCAGAUGCUGAGCAACAUGGCCGAGGCAGAGGAGCUCCAGCAGCAGUUUCACCUCUUCCAGCUGCAGGAGCAGGACAAGCAGCUGCUGGAGCUGRACACAGGCCUGGAGAGCCCCGAGGACGAGGUGGUGGGAGAAGUGCCCCUGGCGCAGGCGCCAGAGGUGAAGGUGCUGGUGCUGUCCCCGCGCUGCUGGCCCGUCUCCCCCGUUUGCUACCUGGAUGAGCCCGGCAGGUUUUUCUCGGCGGCCCUCAGCUCCUCCCUGACGGAGUUUGGCGCCUUCUGGAGGCAGAGCCAGAGCCAGCUGGGCUGGCAGUGCACGAAGCCCCGGCGGCUGCAGUGGACGUGGCUGGGCYACGCCGAGCUGCKCUUUGGCGACUGCGUCCUGCACGUGUCCACGCUGCAGAUGUACGUUCUGCUGCUCUUCAAUGGUGCCGAGGAGGUGGCCGUGGAUGCCCUGCUGCAGGCCACCGGGCUGCCCGCUGAGCUGGUGCACCAGGCCCUGGCCCCGCUGACCUGCGACGAGGGCGUCGUGGUGCAGAGCUGCACGCGGGGGGGGGCUCUGCAGCUGAACCGAGCGGCCCUGGCUCGCGCCUCGGGCCGGCACCUGAGGCUGCUGCCCCAGCAGACCUACCUCAGGGCAGAGAUGGCCACCGCUGGGGCCGCCUUGGAGAGGAAAAGGAACCUUCUCUGCUGCCUCAUCACUCGYGUCCUCAAGGCGGAGCAGCAGCUCCACGUUGACAACUUGGUGUUCAGGGUGAUGGAUGCCUGUCAGAAGGGCGGCUUGGGCCCGGGCCUGCAGUUUCUGAGCUUCUGCUGCCACAGCGUGGACGUGCUGUCCUGCGUCCUGCACCUGCUGAACCAGGGCUACCUACGGCGCCAGCAGGGGAGGCCUCAGGUCUUAGAGUACACCGCAGAACCAACAGUGCCUCUCGGGGGCCAGGCACAGCUGGUUUUCUGCAGCUUGGCAUCAGAGGCCUCUUUGGAUGAGGACAGCAUAGGCUCCCUGUGUCGGUUGGAUCCUGGCCUAGACACCUCAGAAGAGUUUCUCACGACGAUGCUGCGUAUGCCGAUGGCACACACACUUAGUGUGGAAGAGGCGAAGCUGCUCAUGAACCAGGCAGUACAGCAAGUCCAGGAGACCCUGAGCAUCCCGAGGGACACUGCUCAGCAUCUCCUCAUGCACUGCAGGUGGAAUGUGGAUUUCCUGAUCCAGUACUACAUGGAGGACUGUGAGAAAUUGCUAUUCACAUCAGGGCUACAAGUGCAGGGCGCUCAGCACCCUCCAAGCCCAGGAACACACUGCCCAGUGUGCAUGAGCCAGCUGUGCCCCACUGAAAGCCCACCAGCCCUUUGCUGCAUGCACUACUGCUGCAAGCCCUGUUGGCGUGAGUAUCUCACAACCUGCAUUGAGCAAAACACGGUCCUCAAAUGCACCUGUCCCAUUUCUGAGUGCUGCGCACAGCCGACUGCAGCCUUCAUCCGUUCUAUCAUUUCUUCUGAGGAGGUUGUAGCCAAGUAUGAAAAAGCCGUUCUCAGAGGCUACGUUGAAUGUUGCUCCAACCUGACAUGGUGCACCAACCCCCAAGGCUGCGAUCAGAUCCUUUGUAAGGAUGGGCUUGGCUAUGGGGAAGCCUGUUCCAAGUGCUCCUGGAUAUCUUGUUUUAGCUGCAGUUUCCCAGAGGCACAUUACCCUGCUAGCUGCAACCACAUGUCUCAGUGGGUGGACGAUGAUGGCUACUACGAGGGAAUGACAAGUGAAGCCCAAAGCAAACACCUGGCUAAACUCAUUUCCAAACACUGCCCAAGCUGCCAGGCUCAGAUAGAGAAAAACGAGGGUUGUCUGCAUAUGACGUGUGCCAAAUGUAAUCAUGGCUUCUGCUGGCAUUGCCUCAAGCCCUGGAGGCCAACCCAUAAGGAUUAUUACAACUGCUCUGCUAUGGUGAGCAAAGCAGCUCGGCAGGAGAAACGUUUCCAAGAUUACAAUGAGCGAUGCACCUUUCACCAUCAGGCAAGGGAGUUGGCCGUGAGUCUGAAGAACCGUGUUUCUUCCAUCAGCGAGAUGACAGCAAUUCGAACUUUGACCUUUGUUCUCAAUGCCUGCAAAGUGUUGGAACAGGCGCGGAAGGUGUUGGCCUACUCCUGUGUGUACAGCUACUACAGCCAGGACACCGAGAGGGUGGACAUCAUGGAAGAGCAGAUUGAGAGCUUGGAGCUGCACACCAAUACUCUGCAGAUCCUACUGGAGGAAACACUGCUGCAGAGUCAGGAUCUGGCCUCCUCUCUGCAGCUCCUGAAAGCAGAGCAUCUGAGCACUGGCUUGGAAUUAUUGCACCGCAUCCAAGAGCGUCUCUUUGCGAUUCUCUGGCACUCCACACAGGAUUUCUGUGUUGGACUCCAGGCUUUGACAGAUUCUGGUCAGAGUAAGAUGAAAAUUUCAAAUGUGCCCGCAGAAGCCCCUGAUUUUAUAGGGCCAAGGCAUGUUGUCUUACCUGACUCCCCUGACACAGACGAAGAGGAGGAUGAAGAUGAGGAAUGUGAACCACAGUGGCAGGAAGACUAUGAUGAUGACGACGACCUUGAUGAAGACAAUUUUCUGUUUGACAAUGAGUCAGAUAACCUUGAUCAUGAUUCCUACUUUGAUGAUGAUGAUGUCUAUGACUAGAACUGGGCUGUCCUCAGGCUGGCCAGCCCAGACCCCUGAAUUGAGGUUGUCUCACCCUGCUUGUAUUUGGAUGUCUUCUCAAAGACUGAGGGGAGUUCUCGGAUAGAGUGAAGACAUUUCCUUUGGGGACUGCUUGCUUACUGACUGAUUUAACAUGCGAAGGCAUUGCUUUGGAUAUGUGAGCUGUGUUACUCUGGUCACCUCUCAGAAGUCCAUUUCAUUUCCUUUCUCCCUUGACCCUGAAGGGCCUUUCUAUCCAUAGAUACAGUCAUCUAACUGAACUAGAAAAAGCCCAGCUCCAAAUUGAGGACUACUUGAUGCCUGUUAAAGGACUGUUAAGUGUUCUCUGGGAUCCUGUCUGCAAGGGCACAAGGGCCAUUGCAGUGGCACAUGUCCUGUCAGGGUACUCUCAAACCCAGUUAGUGGCAAGAAACACUGUAAAGCGAUGUGUUUACACUCAAGCAAAACCUCACCACUGGAGCUGG